UCUUCUAUAUGUAGAAGAAAGGCUAUACAUCCAACAACAACAUACAUGGAUUCGCAGGAUAAAGUUCCUUUUUUUCGAAUUGACCAACUGAGGGAGCAUUUUAAAAGAUACCUGGUAGCGCUGCGACCAUGGUCAUUUACUGCAAGUUUCACUCCUGUGGCACUUGGAAGCGCACUUGCCUACAAAGCGGUGGGACAUUUCUCGAUCUCCAUCUUUCUCCUCACCCUGAUUACGGCACUUUCUGUCCAUGCAGCUGGCAACAUCGUUAACACCUACUUUGACUACCAGCGGGGAAUUGAUACCAAGUCUAGUGAUGACAGAACUUUAGUAGACAGAAUACUAACUCCUGAGGAUAUUCAGUGGCUUGGAAUGGUACUGUACUCCAUAGGAAUCAUUGGUUUUUUGUGUCUUUGUGUAAUCUCAUCAGCAGAAAUGGAGCAUAUUGCAUUGAUAUUCUUUUGCGGACUGUCAGGAAGCUUUCUAUACACAGGGGGUCUGGGAUUGAAGUACAUGGCUCUUGGUGAUGUCAUUAUUUUCUUCACAUUUGGCCCUGUUUCUGUUAUGUUCUCAUUCCUAACACAAGCCGGUGAGAUAUCUGCUGUUACUUUGCUAUAUGCUGUACCUCUGGCACUAAACAUCAUUGCCAUCCUUCAUGCUAACAAUACAAGAGACACAGAAUCUGAUAGAAAGGCCAAAAUUGUAACAACUGCAAUUCUACUUGGGUGGACUGGCUCCUAUGUGCUAUUCAUAUUUUUAUUGUUUGUGCCAUAUAUCCUCCUUGUGCAAGGAGGUUUACACAUAUCAAAGUGGAUGACAUUACCAGUAUUAACAAUUCAGGAAGCCUUUAAUAUAGAGCGGCAAUUCAGAUCCCGACAGCUGCAUAAACUUCCACAGAGAUUGGCAAAGCUGAACUUUCUUAUGGGAAUGUUGUAUGUACUAGCUGUAUGCCUAAGCAACACUGCAGAUCUGCCAACAUUACUUUGACAAUUGUAAUCUAUGAAAGUGAUAUGAUUGUGAAUCUAUCAUUGUUAUUGAGUACAUGUAGUAUACAUGUACAAUUACAUAACUUAUUCACAUAAUUAUUAUUGAGUACUGUAAAGCUACAUAACUUGUUCACAUUCUAAUUAUUGUGGUUUGUGAAUGAUUGAGGAAUUGCAUGGUUGAAAUGAGGAAAUCAAGAUCUAUAGGUGUUUAGGACUGCAACAUUUUUGUGUUAAACUCCUUUUUUGAAACAGCUGACUAUGUGUUGAUAAUAUUGGUUAACUUACAUUUUAAUGUUAUCAUUGUUCGCUAUUUUUUAUUUCUAGUCUACACAAGUAAAUACGGGAGAGUAAUAGUAGUAAAGAGAUAUAUUUAUAUUUUUCAUAGUAAAUAUUGAUUGCCAAGAGUUGAUUUUUACAAUUGACAUAAAAUGUUUACAUGUCACAUGUCAAAAUUUAAUGUAUUUUUAGGCAAAUAUAUGUUCUAAGUCACUAUUUGCCAUUAUGAGGGUUUUAGCCUAUGAGUUAAGGAAGGGUGCUGCAACCUGUCCUUUUUCUGUAGCCAUCUUCUGUCCUAAUGGAGACCAGCAUUUGUACCCUCCCCCCAUCAUGAUAUAAUGAAAAAUAAAUUGAAUGCUUAAUAUAAUCAAAUAUUUCUUACAUGUUUUUAUUAAAAGAUAUGAUUAUUAAUAUAUACAAUCUUUACAUUACUAACAACUGAAACCUAAUAAAACUUCAUUUUAACAAAAUUCCUAACAUGUUUUUGUCAGAUUUACAAUGUUCAUAAUGUUCUAAACAGUCAGAUACAAUGUGCCAUCUUCUCCGUUAGCGUCCUGUCUUUUGUUCGCAGCACUCUUAUUCUAACCCUACUGUAAUGAUUCAAUUUUUUAUGAAAGUUUGUGUUGAGCUCAUUUGUUUUUUCAGUAUUCAGUAUUAAAAAUACUUUUUAAGUAUUGUUCACUUGUAUGAAUUGGUAUGAAUGAACAAUAAUUCUGAUCGGAUGUUACUAUUGGAAAAGAUUUUAAAUCAAUGUAUUUGUGUAUCAUUUUGUUGUGGAUUGUUGAGUACUUCAAUUAAAGAAGAAAACCUUGAUUUUGCAAUUAUUUUUAUAUUAUGAUGCAUUUGAAAUUAUUCAUACUGGAACAAUUGUUUUAGUUAGCAAUAGUAAACAAAUAUAUUUAUGAAUAUA